AUGGAUUAUCAAACCAUACAUGGCCCAGGAAGAUCAAAUUUCUCUUCAUCUUCCCCACACCGCAUGCCUACGGUUUCCGCGGCCCAAGCCUUGCAAGGAUUGGAAACAUCUCCAACGCGAUGGAUAUCGACGGGGUUGAAGCAUUUGGAUUUAGCACUUCAAAAUAAAGAUCCAUUGCAAGUAUCCGCAAGUACGUAUCAUAAUUAUGGCGGUAUCUCGAGAGGAAAAGUAACGGAAUUUUAUGGCCCGUCUGGUGUUGGCAAAACUGCUUUUGGUAUGCAUUUGGCCGCCACGGUUUUACAUCGAAAUGAAGGGGUUGUAUGGGUAGACGCAUCACAUCUAAUAUCCGGGCCUAGAUUCAGUCAAAUCUUACAAGAGUUUCCAUCUCCAGAUUUCUCAAACUAUCAUGGACUUCUCACACAAUUUAAUCAUUUUUGUACACCAACUUUAUCUCAUCUUCUUGCCUUACUUACUCAUACCGCAUCAAACUUUCCUCCCGAAAACACCAGUCUGAUUAUUAUCGAUUCAUUCUCUACUCUGAUCGAUAAUGCAUUCCCUCGCAAUUUCGAUUCUAUAUCUCCCAAGAAGCCCGGAGGUCCCAAGUAUUCUUCACGCAAAUUUCCUCUCCUCCAAUACCUCAUCAACGCCCUCCAAAGACUUGCCACCACUCGCAACAUCGCUAUCCUGAUUCUGAAUCAAUGUGUAACCAAAAUGCGACCUGGUCUGGGUGCAGCUCUAAUACCAGCCAUCUCAGCCACUGCAUGGGAACACGGUCUUGGGUGCCGAGUAGCUUUAUUUAGAGAUUGGGGAUGGGAUAAUGAGGAUGGGGGCAAAGUGAACGGUGUGAGAUUUGCACAAGUUAUUAAAGCGGAGAGUGUUACUUUAUCGGAGGGGAGGGGCGGAAUUUCUGCGUUUGUUGUUGGAGAGUUCGGUAUCUCCGCAGUCACACUCCCCUCACCAUCAACAUUUGCAUCACCUAGCCGGGGCCUUCCUUCACUCCCUAAAUCCCAGCUCCCCAUCGCUACUGGUCUACCUCCCCAAAAGCGCAAGCGUGCAGAGUUUGAAAUACCGGAUAGUGACGAUGAAGAUGAUGAAGAUUAUGGAUGGGCAGAAGAAGAUGAAGAAUUACCGCCUAUGCCUCCUCAAUGGCAAGGUAGUGAGGAUAUAUUGGUGCCGCCGCCUGGGGAGAUGGAAGCUGAGGAGGAGUUGGAGGAGGCGGAAGAGAAUGAGGGAGCUAUAGAAGGUGAUAAAGAUGGAGACAAUUACCAUGCAGAACGUCUUCUGGAAAUAAAAAAGACAGGAACAUACAGAAUAGAGCGAGAACUUCCAGAUAGUGAAGAUACAUUAGCUCUUUAG